UAAGGCAACAUAUGACGUCAUAUUCGUGCGACGUUGCUCUUAAUACUGCAUCCAGGAGAGAUUUGAAUGUGACUGGAUCAUGGCUGUGUUUCCAAACUCACUGACAGAGGAGGAGGAAACCCUGCAGAAGAAAUAUGCCAAAUUAAAGAAAAAGAAAAAAGCCCUGUUGGCGCUUAAGAAGCAGAGCUCCAGCAAUCAGACGAGUCAAGCUGGACUGAAACGCACCUUGUCAGAUCAGCCUGUGGUGGACACGGCGACAGCCACUGAGCAGGCCAAGAAGCUCAUUAAAUCUGGAGCCAUAAGUGCCAUCAAAUCAGAGAACAAGAAUUCGGGGUUCAAGCGAUCGCGAACACUUGAGGGUAAACUCAAGGAUCCUGAGAAAGGUCCAGUUCCGGCAUUCCUACCGUUUCAGAGAAGCGUCUCUGCAGAUGAGGAGCUUUCUGAGUCGGCCAAAAGGACCCAGAGAAAGGCUCUGUAUGAGAGCUUUGUCACCCCGGCAGACCGCUCACGUGACGAGGAGGACGGUGAAGGAACAACCAGCCGGGAUAUCGAGCGCGACCGGGAGAGAGAACCGGAAAGAGAGCGCGAUCGAGACAGGGACAGAGAACGAGAGCGUGGACGAGACAAAGACAAAGAGCGAGAACCAGAGAGGAACAGAGACAGGAGUCGAGACAGAGACCGGGACAGGGACAGGGAAAGAGACCGAGACCGAGACCGCGAAAGAGACAGAGACAGAGAGCGAGACAGAGACGGAUCCUUCAGACGUACAGACUCGUACCCGGAGCGGCGAGGCAUGCGGAAAGGAAACACGGUGUACGUGUACGGUGCAGGGAUGGUGGAGGAGAGCCUGCGUACAGCUUUCUCUCAGCAUGGGACCAUCAUCGACCUGUCCAUGGACUCGCCACGCAACUGCGCCUUUGUCACCUUCGAGAAGAUGGAGUCGGCCGAUCAGGCCAUUUUAGAGCUGAACAACACCACGGUUGGUGACGUCACCAUCAAAGUCAGCAUCGCUAGGAAGCAGCCCAUGUUGGACGCAGCUACGGGGAAAUCGGUCUGGGGUUCUCUGGCUGUACAGAACAGCGCCAAAGGCUCCUACAGGGACAAGAGGAAUCAAGUGGUCUACAGUGAAGAUUUCAUCUGAGCAACACACACACACACACACACACACACAGUUUUUUAAAUGCUUAACCCAAUAUUGUUGUUUUUUCAUUAUGAGAAUUAUUUGUAAUAUCAGUUCGUUGAAAACCGUCUGUCAAAAUCUGUCACUCUGUCAGCUUCACUGUACUUCGGCAUUACGGCCGUCAAUAAAGACUGAACACGA